AUGCCAGGUAUCAAAGAUGACUAUACACAAGAUCAAUUAUUGAACAUGUUGUAUAAAGAGGUUGCAAGUAUUGCAAGAGGUUUAAAGUUACCAUACAAUGGUAAAAAGAUUGAAAUUGCUCAAAGUAUGCUAUCAACUUUAUCACAAAAAAUCAAUCAAAAGGAGCAAGUAGAGGUACAAGAGUCGGAUGACGAACAAGAAGAGUCUGAUGAAGAGGAACAAGUGGAAUCUGAUGAUGAACAAGAGAAAAAAGCUACAUCUAAACUUGGAAAAAUUAAUAUUAAACUAGUAAAAGAGGAAGGGUUUGACAAUAUGAUGGGAAGUGAUGGAGCCGAGUCAUUGUACGAAGAUGGCCUUCACAAGUUGCAUCCAAGAAUUGCCUUUAUCUAUCAUGUUCAUCGUGAACAAUUUAAUGAUGGUACUUGUGAACUUGAAGAUUCAAUUAUCAAGAAUAUUAGAAGUGGCAAGAGUAACAAUACUGAUGAUUGGUUGGAAAUCUAUAAAAAGUUUAACAAAUGUUAA